GGUGACUUUAAUGAGGAUAUUGCGGCAAUGGUGAAGGACAAGGCCGAAAACCGGACGCUUCAGUAUCAGCAAACUUUGAUGUAUGGGCGGUACACCCAGGAGCUGGGUGUGUAUGCCAAGGAGGAAGCGGCCCGCCUACGGGAUGGAGGUGUGCGGGAUGGCGGAGGACUGCGGAGGAACACCAGCGUUCGCAGUCGUGCUGCCGAUCUGCUGGAGUAUGAGAAAGACCCCUGUGCAAAGUGCCAUAUGUGUGCGUCUCGUUGCCAGAAGUUCCUGAUCUCACGGGUGGGGGAGGACUGGAUCUUCCUCAUUCUGCUGGGGCUGCUCAUGGCUCUGGUCAGCUGGGUCAUGGACUACGCCAUCGCUUUCUGCCAAGAAGCACAGAAGUGGAUGUAUGGGGGACUGGACAGCAACAUGCUUCUGCAGUACAUCGCCUGGGUCACCUACCCUGUAGUGCUCAUCACUUUCUCAGCGGGAUUUACACAGAUACUGGCCCCUCAGGCUGUGGGUUCAGGUAUUCCUGAGAUGAAGACCAUACUGAGGGGCGUGGUCCUGAAGGAGUACCUGACGUUCAAGACGUUCGUGGCCAAAGUCAUCGGCCUGACCUGUGCUCUUGGCAGUGGGAUGCCUCUGGGAAAGGAGGGACCCUUCGUUCAUGUGGCCAGUCUGUGCGCCGCUCUCCUGAGCAAAGUCAUGGCUCCUCUUUUCGGAGGGAGUUAUAUGGAAGAGCCCUUUGAGGGAAGCAAGAACGGGCUGAGGAACACGGAGAUGCUGUCGGCUGCCUGUGCAGUGGGAGUGGGCUGCUGCUUCGCUGCUCCGAUUGGAGGGGUGCUGUUCAGCAUUGAGGUCACUUCCACGUUUUUUGCGGUGAGGAACUACUGGAGGGGCUUCUUUGCUGCCACCUUCAGCGCCUUCAUAUUCAGAGUGCUGGCAGUGUGGAACCAGGAGGAAGAGACCAUCACUGCUCUCUUUAAGACCCGUUUCCGUCUUGACUUCCCGUUUGACCUUCAGGAGCUGCCGGCGUUCGCCAUCCUCGGGAUUGCCUGUGGUUUUGGUGGCGCUCUCUUUGUCUACCUGAACCGGCUGAUUGUGGAGUGCAUGAGGAAGCAGAAGACUAUUAACAAGUUCUUGCUGAGGAAGCGCCUGGUGUAUCCCGCCCUCGUCACCCUGUUAAUCUCCACUCUCACGUUCCCUCCAGGCUUCGGGCAGUUCAUGGCGGGACAGCUCACGCAGCACGAGUCUCUGGUCGCUCUGUUUGACAACCGCACGUGGUGCCGGCAGGGCGUGGCCGAGGAGUUUGAUUACCACCACCACAACGGCUGGAAACAUCCGCAGGUCAACGUCUUCAUCACACUCGUCCUCUUCAUCGUUAUGAAGUUCUGGAUGUCGGCUGUGGCCACCACCAUGCCGGUUCCAUGCGGGGCCUUCAUGCCAGUGUUUCUUAUCGGUGCAGGAUUUGGCAGACUUGUUGGAGAGGUCAUGGCAACCAUGUUUCCUGAUGGCAUACAUGCUGAUGGCAGCGUGUAUCCCAUAGUUCCCGGCGGUUAUGCUGUUGUUGGUGCUGCAGCGCUGUCUGGAGCGGUCACCCACACGGUGUCCACAGCGGUCAUCGUGUUUGAGCUGACGGGUCAGAUCUCUCACAUCCUGCCUGUGAUGAUCGCUGUGAUCCUGGCCAACGCCGUGGCCCAGUCGCUCCAACCAUCGCUGUACGACUCCAUCAUCCGCAUCAAGAAACUCCCUUAUCUGCCUGAACUCGGCAUGGGACAUCAAGAGAAGUAUAAUAUCCGUGUGGAGGACAUUAUGGUCAGGGAUGUGCGUUACAUCACUCUGAACUCUUGCUACCGGGACCUGCAGGAGAUGCUGCUGACUGGUCAGCUCAAGACGCUGGCACUGGUUGAGUCCAGGGAGUCCAUGAUCCUGCUGGGUUCCAUCGAGCGUCUGCAGCUCCAGUCGCUGCUCUCUGUUCAGCUGGGCCGCCAGCAGAGGCUGGAGUACCUCCGCCAGCUGGCCCAGGACAACGGCACCCACGAUCACCUGUCCAGCCUCACCACCGACAGCACGCCCAGCUCCCCCUGCUCCCACUCCCACAUCAACGCCUCCUCCACCACCAGCGCGCGCCAAGCGGUCCGCUUCCUGAUCUCCACAGAGGAGUCUGCCUCCUUCAGCCCGGUGGUUUCCAACGCUCAGCUUCCUCUGAAAUCUGCCUUGAAAACUGUGUCCGCCAUCGGCGACACGGAGACGCCAAAUAGUUCUCAGACCUUGACCUGUGCUGACCACGAUAAGGAGCUAAUGGAGAGCCCGGCUGGGCCGGCUCCUCCUGAACAAAGACAACUCAAGCCCAAACAAGUGCGGAUCUCCAUGGCGGACUCCACUGAUACGGAAGAUGGCAUGACUCCAUCAGACAUAGCUGAGUGGGAGGAGCAGCAGCUCGACAAGCCGGUGGAUUUCAAGAACUGCAAGAUCGAUCCCGCUCCCUUCCAGCUGGUAGAGCAAACAUCUCUGCAUAAGACCCACACUAUCUUCUCUCUGCUGGGCCUGGACCACGCCUACGUGACCAGCAUGGGACAUCUGGUUGGAGUUGUCUCUCUCAAAGAGCUGCGUAAGGCCAUCGAGGGCUCGGUGACAGUGACUGGAGUGAAGGUGCGCCCCCCGCUGGCCAGUUUCCGUGACAGUGGGAACAGCUCGAACGUAUCCGAGGUAACAGAACUACACAAGCUGUGCCUCCGCCACAGGGGGCUCUCGUUGCCACGGGAACCCAACCGUCCAGAUGUGCAGAACCAGCCAGACCUUGCGUACAAAGAGAUCCCCGUCAACUUCUCGGACCAAACGAACCUGCAGUUUGAGGCGAGCCCCGGAGACGCCUCGAGCCAGUCGUCAGAGCUGGUGCUGCAGGAGAGCCCCUCGUUCACCGAGGACCAAUCAGAGUUCACUUUUGACUGCAGCCCCUCCCACACUGAGGAGUCGGAGCUGGCCUGUGACUAUGACCUCCCCACACACACUCCUGAGCUGGACCACACAGAGCAGGAUCAGGGAAGCCCGUCUCUGAACAAGGACCAAUCAGAACCUGAGGGAGAGAUUAGCCCCGCCCACACUAAGGCCCAAUCAGAAUGACCCGAGGGGAUCCUCGCUGCCGCAUCAUGAAUAUCGACGUUUCUUACAUUCGUAGAGGUCGCUCUCACCUCCCAGUCCAGCCUAGAUACCGUGUUUCUAACCUUGUUGUGUGAGCGAGUGAGAAUGACUACAUGUGACAUCAUUAUCAUCAUGUGUUUCUGUCAAACUGUGCAAAUGCCUGUUUUAAAGGAUAAAGCUGGUUGUAUUCUAUAUUUUUAUAACUCAAUGAAAUCCCAUGAAAACAUCAAAACCAAUUCAAGCUGCGAAAAGUGAUGAGAAAGCUCUAGUAGAACAUUUGCGCAUGUCGGUGGGUCACGUAGCUGAGGGGCCAAUACUGGAGAUCAGUGUCAGAGAGUACUACUGUUUAUAUAAAGAAAAACUAUAUAAAACCUUCUGUGGCUUCAGAAACCCUUCAUGAACUACGAUUUAAAUUGACAAGUGAGAUACAGAGAAGUGAUAUGACCAGAACACUAUCGCUCCUCUUCUUUGCUUGCAGCUGCAUUAGCCUGUUAAGCCCGAGAGACCCCGGUACCGGGGCACUGCAGGAAACAG